UGUCUUUCUCGUGGUUUGAUUGAAUAUCUCACAUUCAUGGCUGUCAUAUCAAGGGAUGGGAAGUUUGCAUUUGACUACCCAGGCGGUCGUACCAAAGAUGCACUCCUUGAAUUCAUGAACAAUCCUGUGGAGUCAACAGCAGCACCUCCAGAGCCGAAGUGGAGUGACCAGGAGAGUGGUGUGAAUCAUCCUACGGAUGAGAAUUUUGGUGGUUUUGUGGAGAAUAGAGAGCACGUGCUGGUCAUGUUUUAUGCUCCACGGUGUGGUCAUUGCAAGAAUGCCAAACGCGAGUUUGAAUCUGCUGCUGAAACAUUGUCUGGCCACGACAACCAAGCAUUAGCAGCAAUCGAUUGCACAGAAUUUUCUGAUGUUUGUACGCAGCAUGGAGUGAAAGGUUAUCCUACAUUUAAGUAUUUUCACAAUGGAAAGGAAAGUGAGAAAUAUGAAGGUGGACGUACUGCCCACAAUUUCUCCAAUUUUGUUUUGAGCAAAUGUGUGUCAGACAAGAAGGAUGAAUUGUUGUUUAUGUGUACGUACUGCUUGCUCAAUAACUUUUCUUGCUAUUCAUUCACUCGUGCACUUGCGUUUACGCAUGCGCUUGUUUGCUUGGAAGCGCGAGGCGUGUUGCUAUGGCAUAGUGCGCAUGACAGUCCAACAAAAAUUAAUUAA